AUGAACCAGCUAGUAUCUCCUUUUGAAGUCUAUGUAAGAAUCAGACCCUUAACAGAAAAAGAAAUCAAUAACUCCUCUAAUGAUUUAAGCCACUAUUUGAAACAAGACCCUUCAUCAAGCGAAAUCCUAUUUAAAGAGCCUGGGACUUCCCAAUUCAAGAAAUACACAUUUAACGGCGUAUUCCCAGAAAAUAUCACAAAUCUUCAAGUCUAUACACUUACAGUAAAAAAAUUAUCUUUAUUUUCACUGAAUAUUCCCUAUAAAUCAUUAAUAUUUAUAAAGUCAAUUUUCCCUAUAAAAGAAUAGUCCAAUUUAUAAAAGAAGGCUACAAUUCUACUUGUUUUGCAUACGGGUGCACAGGUUCUGGAAAAACACAUACAAUGUUCGGACAUAUGAAUUCAAAAGACAAUGAACCUGGAAAUGUAAUUCAUGCUUUACAAGAAUGCUUGGAGCUGAUACAAAAUAACGAAAAUAGCAAGCUAAAGCUGAGCUAUUUAGAAAUUUAUAAUGAAAAAGUUGCUGACUUAUUGUCAGCUGGAGAUCCAAGAAAUUUGAUGAUAAUUGAAGAUUUUCAAAAAGGAAUCCAAGUCCCUGGACUAAGCGAAUUUGAAAUAGUAUGCCCAUUUCUUAAUAGAAAUUUCGAUUUUUAUAUGAUAAAUAUAAUAGUGUUUAUACUUCUAUAUACUAUAAACUGGCAUAAAUUUAAAGGAUGCAUAUAAUUUAGUUAUAGAAGGAAAUCAAAAGCGAGUAAAAGCACCUACCUCUGCUAAUGAAUUAUCUACUAGGUCUCAUGCAAUAUUACAGUUUACUUUAGAACAAAAAAUAAGUUCUGGAGAAGUUUUAUCAUCAAAAUUAAGCUUAAUUGAUCUUGCAGGGAGCGAAAGAGGCUCUGCAAGUGAAAAUAACAGCCAAAGAAUGGUAGAAGGGGCAAAUAUAAACAGAUCUUUGCUUGCAUUAGGUAACUGCAUUAAUAUAUUGAGUGGAGAAAAGAAGAGAGCGUGCCAUGUGCCUUAUAGAGACUCAAAGCUUACAAGGCUUCUUAAAGAUUCUUUAGGAGGAAAUACAAGGACAAUUAUGAUCGCUUGUAUAUCAAAAUCAUUUACAGCUUAUGAAGAAACACUGAACACAUUAAGAUAUGCCCAAAGGGCAUCAAUGAUUACCACAAAGUUGACAAAAACAAUGAAAGAUCUUUGUACAGGGGAUUAUAAAGAUAUCAUCAAAAAUCUCAACAUUGAGAUUGAAAAUUUAUAAUUUCCAAGUUUGAAUGCCCAAUUGUAAAUUAUUAUUAUUUUUUAAUUAAUUAAAUUCAUCCUAGCAGGCCAUAAAAAAUCAACUUAAAAAUGCCCCAGCCAAAAUCUCCUCCACAAUUGAACCUGAAGACGAGUCACUCUAUGACUCUCUUCAAAAACAAUUGAACGCCAAUCUCAAAGAGUAUUGGGAGUGUCAAAACGACCUCAAAGAAAUCAAAUCUGAUAAGAAGCAAAGCAAAGAAAAAUUAAUGCAGCUUAUCAACGAACUCACACAAGAAGACACAGAACUCGACCAAUAUGACAAAGAAAACAUAGAAAAGGAAAUUUUAGAAAUCGGCCAAGAAAUCAGAGAAUGCAAAGAAAGAAAGACUGAAAUCAAGCAAGAAAUUAUAAAUAACCUAAAAAAGAAGCAGUCGUUACAGAAAGAAAUGGACGCAAUAAAAGAUGAAAAACAAAGGGAAAUUAUUAAGCUACAAAUUGCUUUAAGAGGGCUAAAAAGAGAAAAAAUGGAUCUUUAUAACGAAAAUUUGAGAAAUAAAGAAAAGGCUGAAGAGUUGUUGGUGGAGAGUGAAAAUAAAGACAAAAUAAUCGCGUCAAUGCAGAAUGAGAUUAAUUUCAUGAAAAGACAGCUUGUUGAGCAUCUGGCUUCAAAAGAAAUACAGUCCAAUGUGUCAACGCCAAGCAAUAAGCCAAUAAUAGCUAAAAAUUUUGACAGCUCAGAUAUAUAGCUUAUAUCCCUUUAUAGAUUUCUUUAUCGAGCAAAAUGUACUGGAUUAUUGAACGACCAAGAGAGACUCUAUUAAAGGAACGGGCUGGAUAUCUAUAUCAGGAAGUGCUAAAAAGUGACAUGUCAAAAAAUGGUGACAAGUCUGAAAAAAGUUGACAAGUAAACGCGCCAAUUUUUAAAAUGAUUUAUUAUUAAAAUAAUUUAAAACUUAAGAUACUCAAUUAGACAGAAGAUAUAAUUACACAUUAUAUAUUGGCUUUAAAUAUUUUUGAUUUAUAUAUAUAUAUUUAAAUUUAAUAAUAGCUGUGAAAAUCAAAAACUUGCAACUCAAUGUGCAUUUUUCCGGCUCGAUAGAAUUUCUUUAUUUUAUACUAAUUUAUAUAUGAAGACUAGAGCUAUAAUUUGCAAAGUGCGUGGCUUGUGUAUCUCAAUAUAUAAGAAGUUCUUAUCGACUAAGAUGAGAAGUAUUUAGCAAAAAUCAAUAUGGCUUGUAAUGAAAAUCAAAAACUUGCAACUCAAUGUGCAUUUUUUCGGCUCGAUAGAAUUUCUUUAUUUUAUGCUAAUUUAUUUAUGAAGACUAAAACUAUAAUUUGCAAAGUGCGUGGCUUGUGAUUCUCAAUAUAUAAGAAGUUCUUAUCGACUCAUAUGAGAAGUACUUACUCCCCCCCCCCCCUCCGUGAGCGAACAAAAAAAUUUUGUUCGCUCACGGAGGGGGGUUAAUUUUUUUUUUUAAAAAAAUUUAUAUAUAAAUUUUAUAAAAAAUAUUUUUUUCGAAAUUUAAAAAAAUCCUAAUUUGCAAAAAUUGGGAAGCAAAUAUUAAUUUAAUUUGCAAAAUUUAUGUUUUAAAACGCAAUUUGUUUAAAAUUAAACAGAAUUAGCUCUAGAUUUCAUUAUACUAAUUAUCACUUAUAUAUCAAAAAUUUUUUUCCAUAAAAAUUUUUUCUAUUAAAAAAAUUUUUGUUCACUCACGGAGGGUGGGUUUUUGGUCAAAAAAUGGCGAUUUUUCUAAUGGUUUUGUUCGCUCACGGAGGGGGGGGGGGGGAGUUAGCAAAAAUCAAUAUGGCUUAUAAGUGAAAAUAAAAAAUUUGCAACUCGAUGUGCAUUUUUCCGGCUCGAUAGAAUUUCUUUAUUUUAUGCUAAAUUAUAUUGAAGAUGAGAACUAUAAUUUGCAAAUUGCGUGGCUUGUGUAUCUCAAUAUAUACAAAGUUCUUAUCGACUCAUAUGAGAAGUAUUUAGCACAAUUUAAAUAUGGGCUUAUAAGUGAAAAUCAAAAACUUGCAACUCAAUGUGCAUUUUUCCGGCUCGAUAGAAUUUCUUUAUUUUGUGCUAAUUUAUUUAUGAAGACUAAAACUAUAAAGUUCUUAUCGACUCAUAUGAUGUGUACUUAGCCUAAUUAAAUAUUGAUUAAAAUUAAAAUAUCUUAAGUUUUAAAUUAUUUUAAUAAUAAAUCCAUUUUAAAAAUUGGCGCGUUUACUUGUCAACUUUUUUCAGACUUGUCACCAUUUUUUGACAUGUCACUUUUUAGCACUUCCUGAUAUAGAUAUCCAGCCCAUUCCUUUAAUAGAGUCUCUCUUGGUCGUUCAAUAAUCCAGUACAUUUUGCUCGAUAAAGAAAUCUAUAAAGGGGUAUGAGCUAUAUCUGGGAUAAGUGAAAUUCGUUCAUCAACCCCCAGUUUUUCUGACUAUAGAGAAGCCCGAUUUCAGAAAAAAUAUGCUCAAAUGAUGAAUCUUCCAGAAAGAGGCUCUUGUGACCUGUUUUCACGGCCUGAUCUCUUAAUGAAGUCAAGGUCAUCUUCAGCAACUCCAAAGUCAGAGAAUUUUAUCCAAGAAUUCAAAAGAAAAGAAACCAGAAAGAGCACUGAGGUGAAAUGCAUUUUAAUUUCUAAAGGUCCAGGGACUAUUAAACGCCCUCCUUUGUCUUCAAGAGCUUCAAGCGCUAGUAAAAAAAGAGCAAGCCCUUUUGAAGUAGGGAUGAAAGUAUCUGCUAGCCAUGAAAAUCUUGCUGGUAAAAUAUCAAAACUGCCUCAGAAAAUAAUGCUGCCAAAUGAAGCUGCUGAUCUUGUGAAAAGUAUGAUUCAAGCGCCAGGGACUUUAGGGAAUAAAAAUGUUUGGUAA